UGGAAAAAAAAUGCUUUUCUCAUUCUAUUUCUCUGGCCUUCUAUGUCCUAGAGCCCUUAUUUAUAUUGUUCUCUAUACAUACUCCUUUUGGUAUAGCCCCAUAAUUUCUAUUUAUAUUAUCUCUGCUUUUCUUCUCUCUAAAUGUCAGAAAGCAUGAGUAUAUCUGUAAAUGGACAAUCACGGGUGCCUCCUGGCUUUCGAUUUCAUCCCACAGAAGAGGAACUCUUGCAUUACUACUUGAGGAAGAAGGUCUCGUAUGAGAAGAUCGACUUAGAUGUGAUUCGUGAUGUUGAUCUUAAUAAGCUUGAGCCAUGGGAUAUUCAAGAGAAAUGCAAAAUAGGAACCACUCCUCAAAAUGAUUGGUACUUCUUCAGCCACAAAGACAAGAAAUAUCCCACCGGGACUCGCACUAAUCGUGCAACUGCUGCUGGGUUUUGGAAAGCUACCGGCCGCGAUAAGGUUAUAUACAGCAACGGUAGGCGAAUAGGGAUGAGGAAGACUCUUGUUUUCUACAAAGGCAGAGCCCCACAUGGCCAAAAAUCUGAUUGGAUUAUGCAUGAAUAUAGAAUUGAAGACAACAUUAAUGUGGUUGAUGCCAAUGUCUCCAAUGUUUUGGGAGAGGCAGCACAGGAAGAUGGAUGGGUUGUUUGCCGUGUCUUCAAGAAGAAAAAUCACCAUAAAACCCUAGAUAGUCCUUUAAGUUCAAAUUCCAUCAAUAUGGAGGCAAGGACAACUGAGAUGUUCAAGCCUUUCAAUGAAGGAGUUGUAGAUCGCUUACUUCAAUACAUGGGCACAAAAAGCGAGGAAGAAAAAGAAGCAAACAAUAUUAGCUCAAGAUUUCUCAGGCCAACCGAUGCAACAAUCAACAAUGUCUACCAUGACAGGUGCAUGAAACUUCCAAGUCUCGAGAGCCCAAACUCAAGCUGCAGCCAAAAUUGUUACCCACCCAUGAUUAAUGAAGGUUCAAUAUCCAACCAGGUGAGCUCCAUGGAUCCCAAUUCAGUGUACCCCUUGGACUCUGGCCUCACCAACUGGGCAGCUCUUGAUCGUCUAGUAGCUUCACAAUUGAAUGGGCAAACCGAAACUUCGAGGCAGUUUGGGUGCUUCAAUGAGCCAAACAUGUCCUAUUGCAAUCCAGUGGAGCAACACCAGCCUGAUCUCCAAUUCCCAACAGUACGACCAUCAUUCUCAUUGCCAUAUAGCACAACAUACCAAGGAAUCCUUCAAGAUUAUAACAAUGAAACUGAGCUGUGGAACUUCAGCACUCGAUCACCGUCGUCAACGGCGGACCCCAUAUGCUACGUUUCCAAGUCUAGUGUAUAGCAGAUGAAUGAAUAACCCCACAUGAAUAAUGAUAUAGGAGUAUUAUGUGAGUAUAAGUGAUAUAGCAAAAAUAAAGUGAAGAUCAGAUUUCUUAGAUGUGGUGGCAUUGUCAACCAUUAUCUUUUGUUAAUCAAGAUGUCUACCAUUUUCAAUUUGUUAUCUGGAAACCUUUAUAGCAAUAAAUAGACCGAGUGGUUUUUAUGAUAA